UCCCCCUCCCCCUCCGUUUCUUUUCUUCUUCUUCUUCUUCAUAUUCCUGUUCGUCCUCACAUUUCCCGUAAAUAAUUACUAGUAUUUAUUUAUCAUCCAUUUUCUUUUUCAUGUAUAUUCCUGAUCCCAUCUAUUUCUCCAUCUCUUCUUUCUCCAAUAAAUGAUAAAACCAUUCUGAUUCCAUUCCCCCAUCCGUUACUCUCAUCCUUUUCUCUUCAUCUCCGCUCUCCCUUUCCUCAUUUAUUUUACAGCAUAUAUUUCUCUAGUUCCAGAACCGCCCUUUUCUCUGUGGUUUUGUCUUGGGGAUUGAUUUUGAGUGGGAUUGAAUUUCUUGUUGGCUCUCCCUAAAGGUGACUUCCAGGUAGAUUAUUGCUGGUCAUCAUAAAUUUUGUUUAUUCGAAAGAGCAUCCUGGUGAAUUACUUGUUGGUCCUAAAAAAUGUUUGAAGAAAAUAAUGGUAACUCAUCGCUACCAGUUUUUAUUGAUGAGAGUCGUGUUCAGUUCCCUGCUACUGCAGCAAAUCAGCUACAGCUAUUUGGAAACUUGUCCUAUGGAUUUAAUGCUGAUCCAGUAAAUUAUUUUGGAAAUGAGCAUAAUGCUACCCUUCUUCGGCCUAAUAAACGAAGCCGGGAAGCAGAAGCAAUUGCAAGUCAGCAGAAGCUUCACAUUUCUUUGAAUAACAACAUUUAUCAUGAUGAAGUGGAUCGAAAGGCACGCAUUCCUAACCAGAAUCCUGUAUCAACUGGUUUAAGGUUAUCAUAUGACGAUGAAGAACGUAAUUCUUCUGUAACCUCAGCAAGUGGAAGUAUGACAGCAGCAUCAUCAAUUAUCUGGUCAGCUGGUGACAGUAUCAGAACGGAACUUGACCGGCAGAAAGAAGAACUUGAUCAGUAUAUUAAAGCUCAGGAGGAAUAUCUUGCCAAAGGAGUAAGGGACAUGAAGAAGAGACACAUGGCUUCCUUUUUAAGUGCUAUAGAGAAAGGUGUCAGCAAGAAGUUACAAGAGAAAGAUAUCGAGUUAGAGAACAUCAAUCGCAAGAACAGGGAACUCGCUGAGAGAAUGAAACAAGUCGCGACUGAAGCUCAACAAUGGUGCUAUAGGGCUAAGUACAAUGAGUCAGUCGUCAAUAUCUUGAAAGCCAACCUUCAACAAGCCCUGCAAGGCGCUGCUGACCAAGGGAAAGAAGGGUUUGGUGACAGUGACAAUGACGAUGCAGCCUCUUGCAUAGAUCCAAACUACCACCUCAGUGUUCCCGGUGGGUCUGGAAAGUCCACUGCAGCGAAAGGGAAGAUGAUUUGCAGGACAUGCAAAGCGAAGGAGGUGUCUGUUCUAUUGAUGCCUUGUAGACACCUCUGCUUAUGUAAAGAUUGUGAAGGAUUAGUUAAUGUUUGUCCUGUAUGUCAACUGAUUACAACUGCUAGUGUCCAGGUGUACCUGUCUUGAAAAUAUCCAAUAAAAGACCUUAACAGCGAGAAACCAUGCGGUGUCAUCGUGGGAGCUGUGAUAGAGUUUGGUAUUUCCAGUGGAUACUUUCAUGAAGAUUAUGCCAAUUUUGGCCUCUUUUUAACUUUCCAAUGCACACACUUGAAUAGUGGAAAAUUAUCUAC